AUAAUUAUUGUUCACAGAGCUUUUGAUAGAUUCCUAGAUGGUGGUUUAAUCGCGAAUAAUCCAACGUUGGACGCCCUAACGGAAAUUCACGAAUACAACUUGGCGUUAAGGGCGAAACAUCGUACAAGCGAAGAAUGUCCCGUACAUAUCGUUGUUAGUUUAGGGACGGGUCUUAUUCCGGUUACGGAAUCAAACGUUUCUAGAAUGUUACCUGAAAAUAUUUGGGAAGGAGCUAAAUUGGUUUUUGGUUUGCCAGCGUUAGCAUCUUUGCUCGUUGAUCAGGCUACUGCGACUGACGGAAGAGUUGUGGAUAGAGCAAGAGCUUGGUGCUCUUCUUUGGGAAUCCCCUACUUCAGGUUUAGCCCGCAAUUGUCUGAGGACGUCGCCAUGGAUGAAAAAUCCGACGAAAGAUUAUGUAAAAUGUUAUGGGAAACGAAAGCCUACAUGUACGCAAAUAUGGCUUCAGUAAGAGAAGUUGCAAAUCUACUUACACGGGAGUAAAUGUAUUGAUUAAAAAACUCCUUUAGAAAAAUGUUUGUACUCCUUUUAGAUUUAUCUAGAUUUUAUAUAAUUCUAAACUUUAUAAUAGGGCUCACUAUUUAUUAUUAAUUUUGAAAUAAAUAAAUGUAUUUAAACGGU